AUGAGCCCAAGUAACGACUCCACGCCCAAGGUGGCACAGUUUGACGGCACAAACUAUCCGUUAUGGGCGUUCAAGAUGAAGAUGUACCUCAUCUCCAAGGGGUUAUGGGAAGCGGUUAACGCCACAUCUGGCGUCUCCGAGGCGAAGGAGCAGCAGGCGCAUGCGGCAAUCGUGCUCAACUUGAGCGAUACUCAGCUCAUGCAUGUCAUUACAACGAGUAGUGCAUGCGAAGCAUGGGGAGCACUCGCGCGAGUUCAUCGGACCCAAGACAUGGCAAGUCGGCUGUGGCUAAAGGAGAAGUUUGCGACAUUCAAGUUUACGGCAUCGGACAUGAGCGCCCACGUUAUGGAGCUGGAGCGGCUCGUGCUGGAAAUGAAUGGAGCUUCGUGUGGACCAAGUGAAGAAGAUACGUGUGCAACGUUGCUGCGAAGUCUCCCGGCGCAAUACGAGGGACUGGUGCAGGCUUUUCGCAUGAGCGUCACACAAUUCAGCUUUAAAGAUCUGGUGAGCAAGCUGAUCGCCGAGGAAGUGCGCAAGAAGGAUUCGACGCGCAUUGAAGACGAGACAGCGCUACAUGUCGGGAAACGACAGGAGAAGAAAAGCUUUAACAAAAGGAGCGGUGGUCCGCGGAAGACAGGGUCAAGUGUUCAGUGCUUUAAUUGUGGUAAGCGCGGACACUACGCGCGAGACUGCAGGAAAAAGAAAGCUGCUAAUGGCGAGAGACAAGAAGACCACUCGAAUGUGGCGGUCACAGUAACUCAAGGAAAUACGAGCGACUGCUGGAUCAUGGACAGCGGCGCAACGGCGCACAUGUGCAAGGACAAAGACGCGUUUAUCGACUAUACGGCAUCACCGACGGCACGCAAUGUGAAAAGCGCGAUAAACAGUGCAAGCUUAAAGGUGCUUGGACAAGGCACGGUGAUCUUGCGUGUUUGGAAUGGCACGUUGUGGAUUAAUGCCCAGCUGGAAAAUACACUGCACGUGCAAGAUCUCCUUAAGAACCUGUUCCCACUGACAGCAGCUACUGCACGCGGGAUGACGGUUGAAAUCACCAGCGACGGGUGCACUGUUUUAAAGAGCGGGCGAAUCGUCGCGACAGGAAAGCGAUGUGGUAUGCUUAUCAAUCUAAAUGUCGAAGAAAGUCCACAAUGCCAUAUGGUGGAGGGUGAAGCUGAACUGUGGCACCGCCGACUUGGACACGUGUCAUACUCGACUGUGAACAAGCUGAUUCAAGACGGCUGCAUUAAAGGAAAAUGCUUGGACUCGAAUGUCGUCUGUGACAUAUGUGCAACAGCCAAGCAAGUACGCAAGACUUUCCACAGCACUAAGGCUGAUGCAGAAGCGAGGGAGAGUCAUCGUAUGGACUCAGUCAUAUGCUCGGAUGUUCUAGGACCGAUAACACCAGCAUCAAGAUCGAACUAUCGAUACGUUGCGACGUUCAUGAUGAUGAACAGCCGCUUUGCGAUGGUAUUCCCGCUACGAAAAAAGAGUGAAGUCACGAAAGCAUUUAAAAGGUACUGUCACGAUAUCAAAAUCGAAUGCGGUUUGGACGUGAAGGUACUACGCAGUGAUAACGGCGGUGAGUACCGUAAUGACGAGAUGACUCGAUUCUGCCAUCAAGAGAUGAUAAAGCAAGAGUUCACAGUGCCGUAUAAUCCGGAGCAGAAUGGCAUGGCGGAGCGGCUUAAUCGCACACUAGUCGAGAUGACGCGCUGUAUGCUGAGCGAAUCCAAGAUGGAUAAAACAUUCUGGUGUGAGGCGAUGCUGACCGCUGUGGAUAUUCUCAACGUUCUUCCACGAGCUUCAAGUCCGAACCUAAACCCGUUCGAGAUGGUGUUCAAGCGCAAACCUCGUAUGGAUAUAAUGCGCGUAUUUGGAAGUCUUUGCUACGUGCAUAUUCCCAAACAAAAUCGGAACAAGUUGGACCCCUCCGGUGUGCGGUGUAUGCUGCUCGGAUACGCCAAACAACACAAAGCGUAUCGACUUCUAAAUACAGCGACUGGAAAAGUGUUCGUUUCCCGGAGUGUGACUUUUGUGGAGACUGCCGUGGAACAGACACGCUACGAAGAUACGCCUAGUGUAAUUGACGUCGUUGGCGAUGGCGACGAUCUGCAGGAUCCGAGGGACCACGCAAUAAGCGAUGAGGGAACCUGCACGCCGGUACCAGGAAGUCCAAUUAUGACACCAAAUAGUACAGUACCGAUGGACAGACCAACCGGAGCAGUAACCACACGACAAUCAAGCACACCAGGACGAGACGGCGAACAAGAGUGGAAUGUGAGACCAGCACGCAAGAAGCGAGCAAUCAAGCGCUACGAGCAAGAGUUUCCCAAUCUACGGCGAGGAACCUUCAACCUUGACGACUAUGACGCUAGCUACGCGACGCAGUACUGUUUGAGCGCUAAAGAGGAUGGUGAAAGCGCAUCGACAUACUCUCAAGUGUUGGAAAGCAAGUACAAGGACGACUGGAUACGUGCAAUGAAAAGUGAGAUUCAAGCUUUGACACAGCACGACACAUGGACGCUUCAAGAUUUACCCUCGGACAAAAGAUCAAUAGGUUGCAAGUGGGUAUUUCGCAUAAAGCGCAAACCUAACGGAGAAAUCGUGAAGUUCAAGGCACGACUCGUAGCGAAGGGAUUCUCCCAGCGUCCUGGUGUGGACUAUUUUGAGACGUUUGCUUUAGUAGCACGAAAAGAGUCAAUCAACGUUGCUAUAGCACUUGCGGCGGAGCAAGAUUUGAUAAUGGAGAACGUUGACGUUGACACCGCUUUCCUCUACGGUGAAGUCAAGGAAGAGAUCUACAUGGAUCAGACGGAUGGAUUUGUGGACAAGCAACACCGUGACAAGAAGUGUCUGCUAAACAAAGCUUUGUACGGUACAAAGCAAGCGGCACGAGAAUGGAAUCAUCGUCUUAACGCACACCUUGAAAGCCAAGGGUUCACGCGUACGUCUGCCGAUCUCUGUGUCUAUGUGCGACAAUCGGAUACUCAAUUUAGUCCGGUGAUCAUUCACGUUGACGACUUGAUGCUCUUCGCUCGGACGCAAGAACACAUCGAUGACAUCAAGCGUGCACUCAAGACCGAGUUCAGUAUUAAAGAGCUCGGCGAACUGAAGUACUGUCUUGGCAUCGAAUUGACGCGUGAUCGCAAGAGCAAAUCUAUUCGAAUGAAUCAGCGUGCUUACAUCAAGCGUUUGACUGAGAAAUUCGGCGUCGACCAAUGCAAGGACGUGCACACACCGUCAAACGAAAGUGAAAAGCUGACCAAGCUGGGGGACGAUGAUGAAUUCGUGCCGAAGUGGCCUUACCGUGAGCUAGUUGGUGCACUUAUGUACGUUGCAACGUGCACUAGACCAGACAUCAUGCACGCGGUAGGAGAAGUGGCUAAAUACUGCGAAAGGCAUGGAAAAAGCCACUGGAUCGCGGCCAAGCGUGUUCUGAAAUACCUGACGACAACUGCAGAUUACAGCAUUGUAUUUCACGGCACCGAUAAGGGAGAGUUGCUCGGUUUUGCUGAUGCGUCAUGGGCAAGUGACCUGGAUUCUCGCCGCUCGACGACAGGCUACGUUUUCUUUCUGCACGGCAAUGUGGUGUCGUGGAAGUCGAAGAGACAACCGACAGUGGCGACGUCUAGCACCGAGGCUGAGUACAUAUCUUUGUACGCUGCAGCGCAAGAGGCGGUGUGGCUACGACUAUUACUAUCCGACAUUGGCGUAGAACUUGGAGCGGCUACAACCAUCUAUGAAGACAAUCAAGGCUGUAUUGCGCUGGCGAAGAAUCCAGUCUACCAUGCAAGAACAAAACAUAUCGACAUCAAGUAUCACUUCCUUCGCGACAAGGUUGAGGAAGGCGUCAUUGAGCUUGAGUACAUGCCAACAGAAGCGAUGAUUGCAGACGGCUUGACGAAGGCUCUCGGGCGUACCAAGCAUGCCGUUUUUCUGCAAGGUCUACAUCUGGAAGUGUAA